AUGAGGCAUGUCUCUGAUCAGCCCGGGAAGCCUGUGGAGGAGGUGGACACUGAGUAUCUGCUUCCCAAACCCAGGGCAUCUGUGGUGAUGGCUAACCCUCCUUUUCCUCUCCUUGCACUCGGGGCAGCAGGACAGAAGGACACCUCGAGCCAGCUUUCCCAGGCCCUGAACGGCUUGUCAGACAGAGCCAAGGAAGCAAAAGAGUUCCUGGUCCAGCUCCGCAACAUGGUGCAGCAAAUCCAGGAGAACAGCGUGGAGUUCGAGGCCUGCCUGGUGGCCCAGUGCGACGCCCUCAUCGAUGCCCUCAACAGAAGGAAAGCCCAGCUGCUGUCCCGGGUCAACAAGGAGCACGAGCACAAGCUGAAGGUGGUGCGAGACCAGAUUUCUCACUGCACGGUCAAGCUGCGCCAGACGACGGGCCUGAUGGAGUACUGCCUGGAGGUCAUCAAGGAGAACGACCCCAGCGGCUUCCUGCAGAUCUCCGACGCUCUCAUCAGGAAGGUGCACUUAACCGAGGACCAGUGGGGAAAGGGGACGCUCACACCCCGGAUGACCACGGACUUCGACCUGAACCUGGACAACGCCCCGCUGCUACAGUCCAUCCAUCAGCUCGACUUCGUGCAGAUGAAAGUUUCCUCCCCAGUGCCGGCCCCGCCGAUCCUGCAGCUGGAGGAGUGUUGCACCCACAACAACAGUGCCACCUUGUCCUGGAAGCAGCCGCCCUUGUCGACGGUGCAGGUGGAAGGCUACAUCCUGGAGCUCGACGACGGCAACGGCGGCCAGUUCAGGGAGGUGUACGUGGGCAAGGAGACCAUGUGCACGGUGGACGGGCUUCACUUCAACAGCACCUACAGCGCACGCGUCAAAGCCUUCAACAAAACGGGAGUCAGCCCGUACAGCAAGACCCUGGUCCUCCAGACAUCCGAGGACACGCAGUCAGAAGAACAGACCCUCCCUUUUCCAGUGCCUUUGGAAAGAUCGCAGCUUCGUAGAAUGAGUCCUUUCUCCUCCACGCUUAAUCUACAACCCAGCUUUCCGGGGAGAUCCUACUUUGAGCUAAGAUCUUCGGCCCACCAGCUGAGCUUGCAUUCUUCUUUGCAGUCCCUGAAUUCAGCCGGGUGCACUUUUGAGACACAAGGAACGCCUUACUCUCAAUUAGUUGACAUUAAAAAAAUGGUGGCAGUUGCUUGGUUUUCUUUCGAUCCUGCCUCUGCCCACGCUGACAUCAUCUUUUCUAACGACAACCUGACUGUCACCUGCAACAGCUACGAUGACAGGGUUGUGCUGGGGAAAACGGGCUUUUCCAAAGGGCUCCAUUACUGGGAGCUGUCGAUCGAUCGUUACGAUAACCACCCCGACCCGGCCUUCGGCGUGGCACGCAUCGACGUCCUGAAGGAUGCCAUGCUGGGCAAGGACGACAAGGCCUGGGCCAUGUACGUGGACAACAACCGGAGCUGGUUCAUGCACAACAAUUCGCACACCAACAGAACCGAGGGGGGGAUAACGAAAGGCGCCACGGUGGGAGUGCUGCUGGAUUUGACCAGGAGGACCUUGACGUUCUCCAUCAACGAGGACCAGCAAGGGCCUGUCGCCUUCGAGAACCUGGAGGGCCUCUUCUUCCCCGCGGUCAGCCUCAACAGGAACGUGCAGCUCUCCGCUCUCCUGAACGUCACCAAGCGGUGGCACCCUGGGCCUAGCCG